AUGAUUAUUGAUAGAGGUGUCGGGCCUAAUUAUACUGCUCCAUGGUAUAAAAACAACCCUUUCAUCCGAGAUAAGGAAAUGGGCAUCUCUUAUAUUCCUGAUACUCGAGGUACAGCUAUUGGUAAAAAUCAAUACAAUACCAAGGUCCAGCUAGCCACUGUCGAUGGAGAUCCCAUAAAAAAUUUGGAGACAUUAACCUUUUUUGGACCAAACGCGCCUGGUAUGAAUGAAGAAUUCCUGCCGGUCGCCUUUACGCGGCCUUAUUAUGACUGUGGAAACAGUAAUAGAUGGAUCGUGAGUUCUGUGGCUGCACUUACGGACAAUAUGCCCCGCUAUUCUGAGAUAGAUCGGUUACGCGGCCCAAGGUAA